AUGGUGUCACCAAGCAGCGACACCGACUAUUGGACCGCCGAAGAAAAACUCGGAGACAUUGACAGCAGCAGCGGUAUCUCAGCCUCCCAAACGACAACGCCCGCCAAGGGGGCCAGCAAUACCCCGUUCACCAGCCUGGAUCAUACGGUAGCUACAAUGAGUCGCGCCCCUCCCUCCUCUUCCAACCGUGCGACCCGCCAGAUUAGCGAUGAGCGUUACGCGCCGACGAUCGCAGAGUUGCGAUGCUUGCCAUCUUCCUCCUUCACCUUCCCACCUUCCUCCAGCCCCUUCGACAUACAACUCGAUGGACGCCCUAUCAUCCGCCACCUCACGAUCUGCGAUAACUGCGGGGGAGUUGGACACCGCUGGAUGCACUGUCUCCGCGCCUGCUUCUUCUGCAAGCGGCACGAGCACAAGGCACCAACGUGCUCUUCGGUAGAUAUGAGUUCGGGACGCCAGAGCGGGAGUGCUAGACACGGUGCUGAGUCCUAUCCGAGCUAUCAGGUGACAGCUGCGUACCGGGAUGCGAAGGAAAAUGGAGGCACAGAUUCAGGUAGCCCCUAA